GAGUGGCCAGGCCUCUGAGGGGGCGGGCCAGCGGCCUCUACGCCUGCCUGGUGCGUGCGCAGUGACGGCGGCGGCGGCGGCGGCGGCAGUCAUGGCGGCUCGGUGCGUGAGGGUGGCGCGGCGUAGCCUCCCGGCUUUGGCACUGUCUCUUAGAUCCUCUCCUCGGCUGUUGUGCACGGCUAUGAAACAGAAGAACAGUGGCCAGAACCUGGAAGAGGACGUGGGUCAAAAUGAACAGAAGACAGAUACUCCCUCUACAGAGAAGAUACUCCUGGACGAGAAGGCCAAGCUAGAAGAGCAGCUGAAGGAGACCGUGGAAAAAUAUAAGCGAGCUUUGGCAGAUACUGAGAAUUUGCGACAGAGGAGCCAAAAAUUGGUGGAAGAGGCAAAAUUAUAUGGCAUCCAGGGCUUCUGUAAGGACCUGCUGGAGGUCGCAGACAUCUUGGAGAAGGCGACGCAGAGUGUCCCGAAGGAGGAGGUUAAAGACGACAACCCGCACCUGAAGAACCUGUACGAGGGGCUCGUGAUGACGGAGCUCCAGAUCCAGAAGGUGUUCACGAAGCACGGCCUGCUCCGGCUGGACCCCGUGGGGGCCAAGUUUGACCCCUAUGAGCACGAGGCCUUGUUCCACACGCCGGUGGAGGGGAAGGAGCCGGGCACGGUGGCACUGGUCAGCAAAGUGGGUUACAAGCUACACGGGCGCACCCUGCGGCCCGCCCUGGUAGGGGUGGUGAAGGCGGCGUAGCGGCCGCCGCGGGGCUGCCCUGGGUCCCGUGAGAUCGUUUGCUGUAACUCCUGAAAGGUUGGCUCAUCUCUUCUCUACUUUUGACCCUUUCCCAAAUCUUGUUGGAAAACUGUAGUAACCAGCGGCUAAACAGAGAAUUCAGCCGGUGGCACAGCUGUGUGAAUGACCUCUAAUUCGGGAGUCUGUUCAUUGAUUUUUAAUACACCUUUAAUAGCCCCACAUGCUUACGGAACAGGCCAGCGGGACGCUACUGGAGCCUAGUGUCACGGAUGACACGAGCUCGAUCUGCUCACGGCCUGGCGAUGUCCACGUGUCGUAAGCCAAGUACGUGUCUUGAGGAACCACGCCGGCCACCCGGCUGCCCUGUGGCGCACGCUGUCCCCUGUGCUCAGCCCGCUGCCUCCAUCCAGUGAAGGGAAGGCGAGGGUUUAAGCACGUUCCUGCUCGGAACAGUUCCACGAUGCCCUUGCUGGAGUACGUGGGUUCGUUUAUAGUUGGCUACCGUCUAGCUGCCGUGAGCGGCCUCCGGCUUUUCUCCGGAGACGGGACGUGAGCACGAGCACCUGAACAGCCCUCACCGCCUUACUUUGCCGGUAACUGAAUUUGACAAAAUCGGUCACUUUUGCCCCGUUUCUUUCAUCUUAUUUGUAGAAAUGUCCAGAUCUGUAUUAGCUAGUUACUGAUGGCCUGGAGGUUAUUUUCCCUAGUAAGGUGGACUUUCUCAGAAUCUGACAGCUGCACGCUUGGUAUAUUUGAAAUGUUAAUGUUUAAUUUUUAAAUUUUAUUUAAGAGGAUUAAAGCCCUAAUAUGUUUUAUUUUCCUACUUUCUGAUAACUGUUUUGUGUACUUUGGUGGAGGGGAUCCACCUACUAAGUGUGACUUAGUCUUCCCAUUCUCUGCUCAAAUCCCAAGGCCAUGUACUUGGCCCACGUCUGCACACAGGUCAGCUUCCCUCUGGUGCAGCCACAGGCUGGCAUGUAACUGGGCCUCUGCUGGGGGCAGAUGUCUCCACCCACAGACCUGGGAAGGGGACCAGGAAGGGGACUGCCAACACACAGGAGCUGCAGAACACCUCCCCUCCAUUCCUCAUUCACAUGGAGAGAAAAGUGGAGCGAGCGACGUUACAAACCAGAGAGAAUCCAACCUUCCACUGCCUUUGCUUCCAGGAGCUAUUUGUAGGAGUCAAGGUCAACACUGUUAAAUUCAUUUACUGCAUAUAAAGGUGGGGCAAUUUAUUUUGCUUGUAAUUUUGAAAGAUGUAGGUAAUAUUCCCAUAAUUAAAAUUUUAAUUUAUACCACUUCAAAA